AACUAGACUCCUCGUACGAAUUUACAAUUGGUGAGUUUUAGUUUGUAUUCUUCAAAUCUUAAACGUAAAAAAAGGUCUGUAUGUCAAUAGAUAGUUUGUUUCCUAUUUCUUUUUACCAUAUUUGUUCCAGACUUCAUUCAUUCCUGUUGACAGGUGUGUAAACAUAUAUUCAUCUAUUACGCUUCCAAAAGCGUAAUAUACCGGUCCGUAACGUCAAUGGCCGACAAAAAAUGCACAGUAUAUUUACUUGACUUAGGAAAUGAUAUGGGAAAACGUUAUUAUGGACGAAAUGAAACCGAUUUAGAGUAUCAAAUGACUUUUGUUUGGAACAGUUUGUCCCAACGGCUUCUGGAAAACAAAAAAACGGAUGUUAUUGGAAUUGUUGGUUUUAAAACAGAUGAAUCGCGAAACGAUCUGGUAGAGCAGGAGGCUUACUGGAACAUUGCGGUUUUUUAUCCCAUACAAACCGCAAAGUUUGCUCAGCUGCAAGACUUACGGCCGCGUCUUUCAGCCAGUAAGACUAUGCAGGGUGACCUUCUCUCAGCAAUUGUCGUUUCUUUUGACUUAAUUGGACGUUACUGCAAAGCAAAUAAAUGGACAAAAGAGCUAUUCAUAGGAACUGGUGCUCGAGGCACCAUUGACUUUGAGGAUUCAGAUGGAAUCGCCGAACAAAUUGCUCAACACGAUGUUCAUAUCACGCUUGGAUUAACCAGGGAUCUAAAACUUGAACGGCAUACUUAUGAUAAUCAAUUACUACAGUUUCUUGAAAAAUGCAAUGGAAAACUACUGACUGCCCAAAAUCUUAUGGAAGAAGCCCAAAGGCCACCAAUUCGGAAAGUGAAACCGGUCCCAAUAUUUCGUGGUAUAUUAAGUUUGGGUAAUCCGCAAGAUCCAGAUGCCUCUUUAGCCUUUCCUAUUGAACGGUAUCCCUACACGCGAAUUGCCAAACCACCGGUUUCUACUGCGUUUGAUGCUUCUGCCAAGCCUAGCGCUGAUCCUUCGGGAGCAGAUAACGACGAGGUAAUGUCGCAACCUAACCUGGGAAUGCAUUCCGACGUAGUCUCAACUAUCCGGACAUAUGUAGUACAUGAUCCAGUCAAAGAUGAGACAUUCGAGGUAGACAGAAAGGACUUGGAAAGUGGCUACAGUUAUGGUAGAACGAUCAUUCCUAUAAGUUCAACUGAUGAGGAUAUCAUGUCAUUAGACACUCAAGCGGGACUGGAGGUUUUAGGAUUUGCUCCCAAGUCGUGUUUCCCGCCGUUUUACUUUAUGAGCGAAACCAAUUUAAUUGUGAACAAAAAAGAUGACGAACAGACGGCAACACAGCUAACAAGCUUUGUAGAGGCCAUGAUCCAGGAAGACCGUUACGCCCUUGCGCGUUUUGUCAACAAAAACCAUAAUGGUCCGAUACUGCUAGUACUCAUUCCUCACAUUGAAAACGGCACACACUGUCUUAUUGAUGUACAAUUACCCUAUGCAGAGGAUGUCCGCGCAUUCUCUUUUCCCUCCUUGGAACAUGUCACCACAGGUGAGGAGAAAAUGCGUGUCCAAAACGCCGUAGAUGCUUACGUAUCCAGCAUGCUACUGGACAAUCCUGCUAUUCAACAGUCUUCUAAAGCACCUGUCUUUGAACCACAGUUUUCAUACUCUGUUAUGCGGCAUCGAAUCCAACAAGCAAUUCAGCAUUACGCUUUCCACCCAAAUGCACCGUUACCAGAACCUUCUCCCUAUUUAGUUCAUUACACACAUGCACCAGAAGCCGCAUUGCGAAAUGCGCAGGACGCUCUGAACACGCUGCAAGGAGUGCUUGAGCCCAUUGUGCAUGAAGCACCAAAGGUAGAACCGGCGGAGAAGGAAUCACAAGUGAGUGUACUAUCGAUUUCAGAUGCAGAGAUAGAAGCUAUGCUGAAUUCUACCGCGGAAGAGCAACUGGAAACGGAGAAAGAACCUGUGCUCCAUGUCAGCGCAUCAGAUCCCGUUUACACUUUUUAUGAGCUUAUAAAAAAUCCCUUUGGCUUGGACGACGCUAUUACCGAAAUGGAAAGUGCUAUCCGUCUACUAUUAACUGAAGGAAAAUUGGAUUCAGCGAAAGAGUCUCUCAUCGCUCUCCGAGAAACAUGCAUUCGUGAAGAUGAAUCCGAACAGUAUAACGGCUUCAUAGUCGAGCUACAAAACGAACUUAUAUCAGGAAAAUACCAAAAUGCUAUGAACUUUGAACAGUUGAUCCUUCAACAGCAUCUUGGGAGCAUUUCGUUUGAUGAACUACCUAUGUCAUAGCAGAGAAAUCUAUCGUUUUGCUAAGAACCCAGUACUACCAAGCAAUUUUUCUGUAUGUAUGUAUUAAUUAUCCUAAUAUACAGUCUACAGCCCGUUAUGUUUUACGUUCAAUGACCAUCUAUGCAUUUUUACUGCAGGGACCAAUUCAUCAAAUUUUAACAAAUACAGAAAAACAAUUUGAAAAAGAAAACGAGUUUUUAACAAACAAUCAUUACAUGAAAAAUCCAUGUACCGUUUUUCCUUCCCCAUUGGCUCAGUAUCUCUCUGCGUCUUCUUCGUGGCAGUCUGUCA